GCUGCCGAGGCUUCCGGCUCCCAGGGGGAGACUCACACUGCCCAGCCACUCCGAAGGAGGCCUGCCAUCCUCUCCAGCACUGUCACCCUCUGCCCCUGGCUGGUCCCUUCCUCCCGCCCACGCCCAUCCUGAAUCACAGAGUUCCUGUGGGCCGUGUGUGCCUGACCCUUGCUUUCUGCAGUUCCAGGGAAAGACGAGCGCUUGCACAAGGCCCUGCGGUGUCUGCCCACGGUGGGAGGUGGCAUGGAGCCUCUUCGGCUGCUCCUGCUGCUCUUUGUCACAGAGCUGUCCGGAGCCCACAACACCACAGUGUUCCAGGGCGUGGUAGGCCGGUCCCUGCAGAUCUCCUGCCCCUACAACUCUGCAAAGCACUGGAGCCGCCGCAAGGCCUGGUGCCGGCAGCCGCAUGAGGAGGACCAGUGCCAGCGCGUGGUCAGCACGCACAGCCUGUGGCUGCUGGCCUUCCUGCAGAGGCGGAAUGGGAGCACGGCCAUCAUGGAUGAUGCCCUGGGUGGCAGCCUCACGGUGACGUUGCGGAACCUCCAAGCUCACGAUGCUGGCCUCUACCAGUGCCAGGCUCUCCACGGCGGCGAGGCUGAUACGCUCCAGAAGGUGCUGGUGGAGGUGCUGGAAGACUCCCAGGAGCGGCAGGAAGAUGCAGACGUCUGGGGCCCCGAGGAGGAGUCUGAGGCCUUUGGCGGUGCCCAGGUGGAGCAGAGCAUCUCCAGCCUCCCGGGAGAGAACCCCUUCCAACCCACUACCAUCCUCCUCCUCCUGGCCUGUGUCUUCCUCAGCAAGCUUCUCGUUGCCGGGGUCCUCUGGGCUGUAGCCUGGCGCAGGCAGAAGCUGGGGGCACUUCCGGCCAGGGAGCUGGACGGAGGCCACGACCCAGGGCACCAGCUCCAGACCCUGACAGGUGCACCAGGGCAUGGAGCAGGAGUUUGGCUGAGGGAAAGAUACUGCAGCCCUCCCUUCCCAUAGGCUCUCAUCUGGGGAAUCUUCAUCUUCCACCCCCUCCCUAGAUCCCACCGCCAAGUCCUGCCCCUUCUCUGGAUAUCAUCAGCAUCUGGUGCCUCCCCCUGCACCCCGGUGUUGUUCUCUCCCUUGGUUGUUGGAGGAUGUUGGCUCCAUCCCCAUCUGACUCGGGCUGACUCCUCCUCUGUCUCCCUAGAGCUUUGCUUUCAUCGAUGACUUCCCUUCCGGGGCAGAGUCAUAGUGAGGAUCACAGCACAUCAGAGCUGUAUACUGCAAGCCUCUUAUGGUACAUGAGGCAAACUGAGGCUCAAAAAGGGCAAAGGGCUCUCUCUCCUGAGCUCCCCAGUAGAGCCUGGAAAUCCAAAUUUCACCUGGAACUCAAGGCAUCCUUCCCUCUAGCUCAGUCCUACCCAUUCAUUCAUUCAUAAGUGGGGCCCUCUGGCCUGCACCAAGGAGAGGAACAUGGGGAAAGGGUCCUGUUCAUGUUCCAGCAGGGAGGCAGACAGACGAGAAAUGCAAUAAACAAGUCUGAAAGGAUGUCAGAGAGCAAAGUGCUGAAGGAGAAAUGGAAUAAACCAGGGCAGAGACGCUGGCAUGCAGAAGGGACGGGGCCAAAGCCCUCUGAACAGUGGCUGGAAGGUGCCCUUGGAGAAACACUGGGAGGAAGGGAGGGAGGGAGCCAGGAGGACAGGAGGGGCCUUUGGGGACCAAGGGGAUAGCUAGUGUGGCUCCUAGAACCCACUGGGCGAGAGAAAGGGGGAGCCCAGGCACUGUUCCGGAGGGCGAGCGGCUGAACAGGCUCAGCACGGGGCCUCCUGCCAGGUGCCGGGUCCCUGGGUUUUCGCUUCGCCUCUGUCUCCCAGCAAGACAUCCAGGGAACGCCCCUCACAACAGUGAGGGAACUGCCCACAACAGUGCAGGGCCGGGGAUUUAGCUCAGUGGUUUCGCCACCUGCUCCUCUGGGUCUCAGUGUCCUUGCUUAUGAAAGUCAAUCAAUCAACACUUCCCUUUGCCUACUUCACAGGGUUCGCAUGAGGUUAAAAGAAAUGUUUGUGGAAGUCUCUGGCCAGGUGUCUGGGCACAGUAUGUCCUCAAGAAGCCCAGCAGCGUGGCACUUCCUGGGUGCUGCCUGAGCCCCCUGUGCCCCAGCCGGGACCAGGUUCAUCUGAGGAGCUCAGCUAAAUGCUGGGUCCAGUCCCGCAGGCCACACAAUGCCCCUGGGUGGCUUGUUCAAGGGCAAAUAACUUCCUUGCCCCAAGUUAAAGAACACCAGAUAGAAAUCUGCAGGCCAGAUCAAAGGACUGGUUUGCAGAGGACUUGUCCAGCUUUAGCAUGAAAGCCCCUUGUCCCAGGCAGGCAGGGACAGUUGGUCAUCCCACCCACCAUGUCCCCGGAUGCUCAGCCUAACACACCACCAGCUGCCUCAUCCCCUGCUCCGGUUUCCCCUCAACUCCUUGUGGCUGAAGGAAGGGGGGCCAGAGGAAGGAGAGAGGAGACAGUGGGGAGGGAUUCCCAGCCACACAGGCCACUGUGGUCGCUUUGACGGCUGCUAUCACCCUGGUGCCCGUGGUCAGAUGGAAUUCCCCAGGGGAAUGCAAGUGAAGGCCCAGUGUCUCCUGUGCUGGCAGUGGCUUUGUCUCACAGGAGAGGAACACCAAUCAGGAGGCUUGCAGGAGA